CUCUUUCCCUGGUUCUGCAUUCUCUGUCCCAGGCCAGACUGAUAUGCUGUCACACGCCUCGCCUGCUUGCUACUCUUCUCUCUCUGUUUCGCGUCUCUUCCUCCCUCCCACCCCUUUCCGCAGCAACUGCUCCCGGGCCCUAGUGGACCGCCGCAACGGCCAAAGAUCGGUUCUCGCGAAGCCUCGUCUCUUCGUCGCUCUCUUCUCACUCCGCCCCUCUUCGCCAGCGAGGAAGAAGAGGUUCUCUGAGUCUGACCCAGAAGACGAGGAUGAGUUGGACGAGGAUGAAGAAGACGAUGAAGAUGUCGCCGCGGAGGAGUAUGUUGACGGGGUUUUAGCGUCUGGGGAUGUUUCUGAAGAUGAGGGUGAGUAUGCAGUGAGCGAAGGAGAGGAGGUGGAGGUGCAGCCCUCGGCUGUGUCCUCGCCUCAGUACAAGGAUCAUAAGUGGCAGAGGGUGGAGAGGCUUAUCGCAGAGGUUCGGGAGUUUGGGGAGGAGAUUAUUGAUUUUGAGGAGCUUGCAGGCAUCUAUGAUUUCCCCAUUGAUAAAUUCCAGAGGUUGGCUAUACAAGCAUUUUUAAGGGGUUCAUCAGUUGUAGUUUCUGCACCAACUAGUAGUGGGAAGACAUUAAUUGCAGAAGCUUCUGCAAUAGCUACUGUUGCCAAAGGAAGACGACUCUUCUACACAACCCCCUUGAAGGCUUUGUCUAAUCAAAAAUAUCGGGAUUUCAGGAAAUCAUUUGGUGAGCACAGAGUUGUCUUUGACUGGAGAUUUCUGCUAUAA